CCCAACUCCUCUGGCCGCCUAUAAAUGCCCAGGCAAUGUCGUCUCACUCAGCCAUCAAAACACAAAAAGGAGUCUGCUGGGCUUAGGCGGGAGAGUACUCUACUUACUCCAGCAAGUACUUGUACGUAGUGCCGGUAUGGCUGGUGUCUCCACCAAUGCCGUUGCCCUGGUGGCACUCCUCUCGGCCGUGCUCGUCUCCACCGGCCAUUCGCAACAGGUCAACUACGACACCGCAAGAUCCUACAACUCAGGUUGGCUCCCCGCAAAGGCCACCUGGUACGGCGCCCCUACCGGCGCCGGCCCUGACGACAACGGUGGUGCGUGCGGCUACAAGGACACGAAUCAGUACCCGUACUCGUCCAUGAUUUCGUGCGGCAACGAGCCCCUGUUCAUGGGCGGCGCGGGCUGCGGCACCUGCUACCAGAUACGAUGCAAUUACGCCAACAACCCUGCCUGCUCCGGCCAGCCGAGGCUGGUGACGAUCACCGACAUGAACUACUACCCCGUGGCCAAGUACCACUUCGACCUCAGCGGCACGGCGUUCGGCGCCAUGGCGAACAACGGACAGAACGACCGGCUCCGUCACGCCGGCAUCAUCGACAUGCAGUUCAGGAGGGUGCCAUGCAACUACCCGGGGAUGAACGUGAACUUCCACGUGGAGCGCGGCUCGAACCCGAACUACCUGGCGGUGCUGGUGCAGCACGCGAACCGGGACGGGAACGUGGUGCUGAUGGAGAUCAUGGAGUCCAGGUACGGCCGCCCGACUGGGCAGUGGACGGCGAUGACGCGCUCCUGGGGCGCCAUCUGGAGGAGGGACACCAACUACCCGAUGCAGGGGCCCUUCUCCCUCCGCAUCCGCAGCGAGUCCGGCAGCACGCUGGUGGCCAACCAGGCCAUCCCUGCAGACUGGAAGCCCAACGCUAGGUACUGGUCAAAUAUCCAGUACCGUUGACCUCGAUCCAGGCCGAGCUGAUUCGGCCGGCCGGUGUCAUGUGACCGUCACCACAGGUUACAAUGGAUUUUUACUAAGUUACUCCUCCUAUGCUUGUUAAGUGUGCGUCGUUAAUUGUGUGUGUCCUGCAAGAUCUUAAUUUGUGUGGGAAAUGGAAGGAGGCAAGUGGAGUAGCAUCCAUGUGAUCGAUAUUCCCGGCCACUGUUGUUGCAGUUCCAUACCCUUCUCGAUCGAGUGUAAUCGAAUUUAUCAGACUUAUAAAUUAAUUCAAAAGGGUUGGACUUAUUUUGAUCA